AUGAAUAUAAACGCACUUCGAGUCAAUGUAACCGACUUUGAGCUCCGGGUGGCUACUCUAGUUUCAAAAUCCAUCGCUGAAAUCCUUGGCAUUCACUCGAUCCUCUGCCCAGAGAUGUACAGCUGUGAUGAGAACGAGGUCUUUUCAUUGGGUGAUAUCUCGCGCUUGCGAUUGGCUCUUCUUAGUGGCAUGUCAGCCUGCCUCAGGUCACCAAAUCUUCAAGAACGUGAAUCUCUCCGCACUGAUACCUGCGGUAACGGGAUUAUCGACCGCGGAGAGGAAUGCGAGCCUCAUCAACAGGGCCUCCCCAUCGGUUUACCUCACACUACCAACGGAAACUUCAACAAAAGUCUUAACUCUCCUGCUUUCGGUUGCUGCGAUCCCAAGACCUGUCUCGCUGAUGUUCAUGCCGCUGAGUGUCCAGGCGACCUUUACCUGGAGAAUGGAAUGCCAUGUAAGGGUGAAAAAAAUGACGAUGUUGAGGAGGAGGCUCUUUGCUAUGAAGGUCGUUGCCCAACCAGGAGUAGCCAUUGCAAAGCUCUUUGGGGACAGAACGCGCGAACUGCAGAUGAUUAUUGCUACAGCACAAUGAACAGGAAUAUUGAUUCUGCUUGUGGAAAGGGUGUGGUGUGUGAAGAAGAGGAUACAAUGUGCGGAUUGUUGCAUUGUCAGAAUGGAAGUGAUGAACCCCUUCCGGUGGAGGCUCGUUCGCUCAGCUUUUUUAAUCUUCGAACUCAACAUGAACAGCAUAAAAUUCAAUGCCAGUACGUAGCAAGUACACACAAAUUCAGCUACGUUCCCGAGGGUGCCUCUUGCGAUGACGGUCGUUUUUGCUUCCAACAUCGAUGCAUAAAGCCCACUGCUAUCGCAGUUCACUCAAAGUGCCCCAAAGGACCGUACUUAGAUUUCUGGGGAGUGUCAGAUGGAAGCAACGAUUACAUUCAUCCCGCAGUGCGACGAAGUCUACCUACUGCCACCACUACGCCCAUUAAUAUGACCUGCUCUGGACGUGGGAUUUGCACCAAUGGAGCCUUUUGUCUCUGUCCGCCUGGAUGGCAUGGUCCCUCCUGUUCCCAUCAGCAACCAUCCAACAACCCAAACGCUUCAGUGAGGUCGCGAACUAAAGUGGCCUACACCUCUGUCUACCCUGAUGAAGACAUUGCCAGUUUGAUUUGGAUGUACAUUCAAGCCAUGGAUAAAAAUCCUGAGGGACUAACCGAGCCUGGACCAGUGAAUACUGUUUAUCUUAUUUCAAUUUUGGCUGCUGUCAUAGCCUGCGUCUUCCUCUGCUUGUGUGGCAUCAUUUUCUUGUACAGACGCCGAAAUAUUAACAAUCGAGGCUUCAGUUUCGGUGUUAAAGGGAAACGAUGCCUCUCUUCUCCAAACAGUCGCCUUUCACCUGCUCUCUUCGAUUCUCCAAUGAGCAAGUCCUCUGGUACUGCCACGGCCACUACUACUGCUGCGAAUAGCAUAGAUUCUAUGUGCCUCUGUAAUCGGAAUUCUCGCCCUGGUGGAGCCUCACUAGACGAUAUGGAACUGCACUACCAUACGCGUCGCUCUUCUCAUUCCCGUCGGCAUCGGCAUACCUCUUCUUCCUCAUCCUCCAAGAAUCGAAACCGUCGACAGAAACGAGGUGGUGGAGGUGCUGGUGGGGGUGGCGGUGCUAGUAGCGGAGACAGUCUUCAAACUGGACCCAACGGAACUGUUGAAUCUGGUCCAGAGCUGGGUCGAAACGGGGAGGAUAGCGUGAAGGACGAGAGUGGCAAUGGGGUUGGAAAGAUCAAGUUUGGAUCAAUGCCUUCCUAUCGGGAGGAUAAGAUGAAGCAUGCAAGGGAUAAUGCUACUUCGACGACAAUGUCAAACACUACUGGGAUCUCAACGAUAACUAAUGCGGUAGUGACCACCACUACCACAACCAAUAAUCUGCUCCAGCAACAACAACCGGCGUUAAUAGAUUUUUCGGCACCAUGGCCAUUACCUCCUCCCCCACCGCCACCACCCUUUGUUGUUCCUGCUGUGUGCAGUGUAGUUGCAACACCGACUCCAAUUUUUGUGGGAAGUUCAUCUCCUUGGUUGUCUGCGCCACAGAUGCCUCUAUCAACAGUCGGUAACGUUGGUGCCACUACAACAACAUGUGCUAACGUAAUUUGUACGGAUGUUGGGGAAAUGGAGGUAGGCGUGAUGAGUGCGCAGCCUUCAAGAAAGGUGAUGACGACGUCGACCAUUUCGGCAGACGAGACAGAGACACCCCAAGUGACUGUGAUUCGGGAGAACUCUUGCCGUCAACCGGAGAAGGGCAUCCUCAAAAAUAAGCACGAAGGUGGUGGCGGCGUGGACAUGCCAGAACUCCAAACCUCCACAAAUGGAGAAAGUGGUGGUAAGAAGCGAAAGCACUCUUCCAAACGCUCCAGCAAGAAGCAUAGUUGUUCUUCGCCUCACUUCUCUGGAGCUCCCUCCUCCACUUCCUCCUCUUCUACUUCUACUACGGGCUCUCGAAGUCCUUCUGCAUCGUCUACUGGCUCAUCUUCAUCUUCGCUUUCUUCCGUGAGUUCGUGCUCAACCAGUAGGGCAACUGACGAUACAAAUUCGACGAAUUUUGUGGCCUCCGUAACCCACAGUGGAGACGAGGAUGAGGAGGGAGGAGUGGCAGACAUUAUAUCUGACUCCGGUAGCACUUGUUCAACAGCUUUGGAGGCUGGAGAAGAGGAGAGGAAAACGGGUGGAAGGAAAUGUCGGCAUAAGAGCCAUCGACAUCGCAAAAGUCAAUGUAAGAAGAAAUCGAGUCACCGUCAGCACAGUCGUGGUCACAGCCAUCACCAUCACCACGGGCAUAGUCAUCAUCGUAGACGUCAACGCAGCAGUAGCACUGGAGGAGACACCUCAGCAACUAACACCAGCACUCCCCCGACAACUACAACAGCCUCAACUUCAUCCACGUCUUCACCAUGUCAUCGUCGUUGUCACCGUCGGCGUCGAACUGGUGUCAGUCGGAGGUAUCGUCUCUCCUCAGAGGAUGCCGAGAGCAGUAUUGGUGGGCAGAAUCAUAAGGUUCCGACAAUCCUCUGCAAUGCAGAACAACAGACAGAUGAAAUUAGUUUGGCAAGAGCGAUGGGGGCGAUAUUUCCGGCUUCACAAAAGGAUCUGCAAUCUUCCAGUUCAUCAAAAGACCUUCAAAAUGCCAAUAGCAAUAACCUCCAGCAACAACAACUAACUUCUGAUGUAAUUGACGAGGAGGAAUCGGAAUGGGAAGAAGUGGAAUGCACGGGUGGUUCUGAUUGUGAGGAGUGUCGAAAAAAUGCCGCAAUCUCUCCGUGGAAUGCCUCGGCGGUUCCGCCAACACCACCUUCAGCAGGGGGUCUUCUUUCAAGGCAGUACAAACUGCCUUCGCCACCACCACUACCUCCGGUUAUUGUCACUUCCACACCUUAUUAUUGCACCACUCAACUCUCCCAGCCUGAAAUCGACCCAUACUACCAACCACCGAUAGAAGACACAGACUCAUUUGUUGCUGGCAAGCCGGGUCUCGUCUCUCACCUCAAGUAUUCUGGACAUGCUGAGGAGGACGAUGGAUUGAUUAGCAGCAGAACCACUCAGGGAGGACUCAAUCUCACGCCGUCUUUGAAUCCAUCCACUGACUGCUAUAUGACAAAGGAUUCAGAUGGAUUGGCGCGAAAGACUUCCCCUGCAGUGCCCUACAUUUCCAGACGUGUGGGUUGGAAUUACAAUGGUUCGGACAGUGAUUUCUCCCUCUCAACCUCGGUCAAGAAGUCUCCCACACUGGGGCACACUGUGGAUUGGCUGUCAUCCGGCAACUCCUCCCAGACCGGUGGUCUGGGCAACCACGUGUCAGCGGCGGUUGCAGCUACAGCUCAUCAGUGGUUGGAUGUGGCGGAGUCAGAUGCCAGUUCAUUGCCUGACGCCUCCUGCGAUUUGGUGCAUUUGGCCCAGUUGAGCCACGCAGCACGGAUGAAUCCUAACCUCUCCGAUCUGGCUCGACAACAGGAACGAAUCCGACAUGGAACUGAGGCGCCCUUCUACUCAAAACAGCCUUGA